AUGGCUCUCAACGCCAUACUGCCGGCGACCCAACUGGAUUAUGAUCGCAAGGCUGAGCUCAAGGCGUUUGAGGAAACCCAAGCCGGUGUCAAAGGACUGGUUGAUGCCGGAAUCACUAGUGUUCCUAGAAUGUUCCACCUACCCUCACCUGAGAUCCUAAAAUCCGGCCAACAGUUGUGUCCGGAAACAACACUUCCGACCAUUGACUUUGAAGGAAUCAACGUAGAUCCAAUCCGACGAAAGAAGGUYGUUGAGGAAGUGAAAGAUGCAUCAGAGMGUUGGGGGUUCUUUCAGAUCGUGAAUMAUGGAAUUGCGAGUAGCGUGUUGGAGGAGAUGAURAAAGGGGUUWUAGGGUUUMAUGAGCAAGAUACAGAGGUUAAGAAGCAAUGGUACAKCAUGAAUAGCAAGGGGAAGCAUCCGGUGGUGUACAACAGCAAUUUCGACUUGUAUGUUUCACGUGUAGCCAACUGGAGAGACUCUCUCAUUUGCAACAUGGCUCCUAAUCCUCCCAAUCACCAUGAAUUGCCUCCUAUUUGCAGAGAGAUAUUGAUGAAAUAUGCAAAUGAAGUGCACAAACUUGGGGUUCAGGUACUCGAGUUGAUGUCCGAGGCUCUCGGGCUCAACCCGAGUCACCUCAUAGAGAUGGGGUGCGUUGAAGGACUUUCGGUUCUCGGCCAUUACUAUCCUUCGUGCCCACAACCUGAGUUGACGAUAGGCACGAGUAGCCAUACCGACAAUACCUUCAUCACAAUUGUUCUGCAAGACCAUAUUGGUGGUCUUCAGUUCUUUAAUGAGAACCGGUGGAUCGAUGCUCCUCCUACUCCGGGAGCUCUUGUAGUGAACGUGGGAGAACAUCUAAAGCUACUUACGAAUGACAAGUUUAUGAGCGCGUCACACAGAGUUUUAGCGAACAAGAUUGGUCCAAGAGUAUCAGUGGCAUCGUUCCUUAGGGUACCACCAACGCAAUCAUCUAAGGUCAUUGAACCUAUCAAAGAGUUGCUUUCGGAGGAGAAUCCAACCAAGUAUAGAAGCACGACAGUGGGAGAAUUUAUGAAUCAUGUUCUAGCAAAGGGACUCGAUGGUGUAUCUGCUACUUUGCAUUUCCGGAUCUAGAAGGCACUUCAAGAACCAAGAUUUGGACGAGAAAUCUUUCAUUUUAUUGUUUAGAAGCAACAAUAUUCAUCAACUAUCGUUUGGUUUUCUGAAAACGUGUAUAAAAGUAUUUAUAAAUAAUGUAUGAUUGAAAAUAGUUGUGUUGGU